ACUCGCGCGCCCCAUCCCUCCCAGGCUGCCAGCGCAGCUAGGUACAGAGGGAUCCCAGGAGCCGAGCGCGCCCGGCAGGUUCCGCGCUAAGGGAACGAGUGCGCGGAGGGUCGAGCUGCAGGACCACAGCCGGCGCCCGAGCAGGAUCUCCGCGCUGGGCUCGGUGGAACUCGAGGUGGCGGCGGCCCAGGGCGCCAUGGCUCACCGAGCGGCUCGGUCUUCUCCUCCGCAGAGAGCCCGGUUGGCGGCCUGGGAUGACAAGAUGUCUGGACUGCAAGCUUGCACAGUUUUGAAAGGGAGAUGACUUGAGUGGUUGACUUUUAUCUCCACAACAAUGUCCCUGAACAAUUCCAAACAGCCAGUGUCUCCUGCAGCUGGGCUUCUUUCAAACACAACCUGCCAGACGGAAAAUCGGCUUUCCGUAUUUUUUUCAGUAAUCUUCAUGACAGUGGGAAUCUUGUCAAACAGCCUUGCCAUUGCCAUUCUCAUGAAGGCAUAUCAGAGAUUUAGACAGAAGUCCAAGGCAUCGUUUCUGCUUUUGGCUAGUGGCCUGGUAAUCACGGACUUCUUUGGCCAUCUCAUCAAUGGAGCGAUAGCAGUAUUUGUAUAUGCUUCUGAUAAAGACUGGAUCCGCUUUGACCAAUCAAAUGUCCUUUGCAGCAUUUUUGGUAUCUGCAUGGUGUUUUCCGGUCUGUGCCCACUUCUUCUAGGCAGUGUGAUGGCCAUUGAGCGGUGUAUUGGAGUCACAAAACCAAUAUUUCAUUCUACGAAAAUUACAUCCAAACAUGUGAAAAUGAUGUUAAGUGGUGUGUGCUUGUUUGCUGUUUUUAUAGCUUUGCUGCCCAUCCUUGGACAUCGAGACUAUAAAAUUCAGGCGUCGAGGACCUGGUGUUUCUACAACACAAAAGACAUCAAAGACUGGGAAGAUAGAUUUUAUCUUCUACUGUUUUCUUUUCUGGGGCUCUUAGCCCUUGGUGUUUCAUUGUUGUGCAAUGCAAUCACAGGAAUUACACUUUUAAGAGUUAAAUUUAAAAGUCAGCAGCACAGACAAGGCAGAUCUCAUCAUUUGGAAAUGGUGAUCCAGCUCCUGGCAAUAAUGUGUGUCUCCUGUAUUUGUUGGAGUCCAUUUCUGGGAUACAGAAUAAUUUUGAAUGGGAAAGAGAAAUAUAAAGUACAUGAAGAGCAAAGUGAUUUCUUAUGUAGGUGAGUUUACCCAAGAAAUGUGUUCUCUUGCAAAUGUAGAGUUGGAGCUUGAUUUUCCUAAGAUUACUCUUAUGCUAAUAUUUCUAGUCAACAUAGUUAAACAUUGUUUGGUCACGAAAGUGUUUGUCAGAUAUAGAUCAAAGAACAGGGUGGCUAAUUGAACUUUGCCUGAAAUUACUAAAGGUAUUGACUUCAUAAUGACCAGGUCUUAAAGGGCUAAUGACAAAUGAUGGAGUAGCAUGACACAUUUUGACUAUUAGUGAAGAAUAUUUUCUUUGAAAGGCUGACCCCCAUCAUCAUAUUUAAGAAUGGUGUAAUGGAAAUCUAUGUAUGUGUCUUGAGCACUUGCCUCAAUACCCAAAGGAUGGUGAGUGGAUGUACGUUUAUAUGUUUUAAGUGAAGAGAUAAUGUGGAAAAUUGCACAUGUACAAUAUAAAUGUGUACAUGUGUAUAUGUAGUGUGUAUAUUGCUUAUGUAUUUAGGUACAUACAUAAAAGUGUAGAUGUGUACAUACAUACCUGUGUGUGUAUGUAUAUAUACAAAUACACACAUAAAUGUUAAAUUACUUCCCAAAUUUAAAAAAUUAACCAAUUGCCAUUGGAUCAAAUAAGAGAGAUUCUAGUGGGUGGCAUAGCUAUCAGAUACUGUGUUCACUACUUGGGUGAUAUUAGAAGCCUGCACCUCAGUAUUGUGCAAUAUACACAUGCAACAAACCUGUAUAGGUAUCCCCUGACUCUAAAAACAAACAAACAAACAAACAAACAAACAAAAUGGACUGUUCUAUAGUCUUAUAUUAGAUCUUGGAAUGUAGGUCUUUCAGGUUUAACCUUGGAUUUCUGCUGAUUUCAGAGGCAAUAUUUUCAUAAAUCGUUUUAGCUAGUUUUCUUUGUGAAGAGGGAGUGUCCCUCUGUUUGGAAAGUGGAAGCAGCAGUGAAGUUGUCUGGAUACAGGACUGAUGACACCUGGGUUCUACUCCUGCGAAGUUUGUAACUUAGACCUAAAUGACUCAAAAUUCGUAUCUAGCAGAAAAGACAUAUUUUAGAGAUAUGUUAAUGUACUUUAAUCAUUGGAAUUCAGACGGCUUUCUCACAUUGGGGAAAGCAUGAAGUAAGUGCCAUGGGGUGAAUGACCAACCAUAGCUAGCAGAGGAGCUGUUCUGGGAGAUCAGGGAGCACGUUCCUGUCCCUGAGCCUUGGUGUUCUCCUGCCUGGAACACUCUCCUCUUGACAUCCAUGUGACUCUCUCCCUCUUUCUUCUCUGUUUUCUCAAAUAUUCCCUCCUCUAGCCAGGCUAUCUUAAAAAGUUCCUGUUCUCUUUUCCUGUCUUCCUUUCCUCUGCUUUAUCUCCCUCAUAGGACCUAGCAGGAUGUGAUAACAUAACACACAUUUCGCUGUUUAUCUGGUUGUUGCUGGGCUUUUGCCCCUAGCACACAAGCUCCUGAGGGAAGGGCCUUGCUGAUUGUUCUGUGUUCAGCUCCUAGACCAGUGCCCGGCAUAUAGUUGGGGUCAGUAAGGCUCUGUCAAAUGAAUCCUACGUAAAGGAGGGCCCAGUUGUUGACUACACUCAUUUCCACUUUGGAUUAGCUCUGCUGAGGAGGUCAGGACCUGGUUGAUAGGCCCUGGGAAUACUUCUAGUACUUUGAAUUGUGAUUUGAGCUGGAGAGGUCCGAGAGGGAGAAAUUCUGUGUUCAGGAGUUCCCUAAGAAUGUAAGUUGGAAGUAGUGUCCUGGAGAAUCUUGGACUUUCUGAAGUUUGAGUCCAGAAUGAGAAUUUAGGAAUUGUGUCAGCUUCUAGAGGAAUUUCAUGGAUACACUAGGCUUGGUAUUUUAUUUUAUGAUAUUACAAUGAUUUGUUUAUGUGUUUUCUCUGUUAUUCCAAAUGGUGCUGGGUGGCUCUACUCUACUUUAUUAGUUUAUGUUUUAAUUUCAAAUAUAAUGAGCCAUUAAUCAAUGUUUGUUGAAUGAAUAAGAUAACGAAUCAAGUAUUGAAUGGGAAGUAUCAAAGGCAAAGGAAAAUAUUAGGUAAUAGAAAUUUGGAUUAUUUUCACCCCAGAGUCUUUAACACUGUUAUUUUCUCUACAGCCACACAUUUUUUUCAUGAUGUAUUUUUUUUUAUUAGUAUUUUAUCUCUGAGAGAAUGUCAGGGGACAAGAGGAGAACUUACUUUGAGUAAAGACCUCCAGAUAUUGCAUGUGCCUUGCCAUAAAAUGAAAGCUCUAUGGUAAAUGUGGAAAUUUGAAAUGGGCUUGCUUACAUCAUGUCUUUACCAGCUGAUUAAGUGAAUGUAUGUGCCUUAAUUUGUACUGUUAUCAGACUAAAAGAUUAGGUAGGUUUUAUAUUCACAGUGGAUUAAUUCUCAAAAAAUCCCGACAGACCUUUUUAGCGGACACUGUGGUACUCCUCCCUGAUCUUCCUUUUCUCAAGGAAAUUUCCGUUAGCUGAAAGUAGCUGCUUUGUCCAAGAUUGUGUCCCUAUCUCUUGGGGUCAGUCUAUGUGCAGUGACUGGUGGAUGUGGGGAUACAGCGAACUUGUUCCUUUGCCUCGUUGGGAUAUUUCUGAAGGUCCAUUCAUGUUUGAGGACUUGCUGAGGCGUCUGUUGAGGAGUUUCCUUGCAACUGCAUUGCAGCUCCUCUCCUGCCCAAUCCUGCUUCCUUCCCCACUUCACUCUUCCCCUGGGAAGCUUCCUGCAUGCAGAUCUCUGCCCCGAAGUCUAUUGCCUCCACAGUCUACCUUAGGACAACUUUUCAGAAAUCUAUUUGUGUUCAUGUACUAUCUGCAUAUAAAGUGCAUUACACAUUGAUUUACAGUAUUAUUUGAUAAAUAUAUGAGCUAUGUAUAGGCUAUGUAUAUGGAAUUGAGCUCAUUUAAGUAUAAAACUAUCUCCCUCCAUAAAAGUGUAUAGUGUAAAAUUGGCAAAUGUCAGUCCAGUUUUAAAAGACAUUGCCAGGAUGAGAAUCUAUACAAGAAUUUGUUGCUUUGGAUGAGCACAGUGAUCUGGAACACUUUGUUAUUUUAAAUUUACUUACUCUUGGAAAAACAUGACCUUUUUUUUUUUUUUUUUUUAAGAAGAAAGACUUAUAAAAAUGCCCAAAGAUAUCAUAGACAUCGAGACGACACUUACAAAACAUUACUUGAAUGACUUAAGUGUAAACGAAUCAGAAACGUGUAUUAAAUUUAUACCCUCAGGGAUAUAAAAAUCUUCUGGCUUAAAGGGUUUUGGGCUUUUUAUUAAGCUCCAAAACAUUUGAAGAACAAUUCAAGAUGUUGAUGUGUCCCAAAGCUCUUUGGGUUGCCAGUUUUAGCUUUAUUUGCUUAAGACUUAUCUUUAUAGGAAGUAUAUAAAAUGCAUUCCGUUUGUUUUGGAAGGCAUGUAUAGCCACCCCAAUUUUACCUGAUACAUCAGUGUCAUUUAUCUGUACUCAGAGAGGACUUCAUCCAAUAGGAUAAAUUUGUCUUGUGAUACUUGUAUCAGAGCUUGUGUAAACCUGUCUCCUGUCUGUCCUCUUUUCUGGGUGUAAUCCAGCUAAUGCCAUAGAAGAGUGAAUAUAGUUGUGGUUUCACAUAGGUAGGGAGGUGUUUUUUCUCACUCCUCCUCAGCUAUUGUAUCCCAAAUGAAAUUCAGACUGUGGAAUGCUGAAAUGGAGUGUGGCUGUGGUGUGAUGGUGAAGGAGACAGAGACAAUUGGAUUACGUAAAAUGAAUUAUUUUAGGUUUUUGUGCAUAGUCCCAAAUCAAGGCUUCCUUUGAGAACAGUGUAGUUAUUCAGAGGACAGGCGGGGAACAUGAAUCUCAGCCUCACCACUCCUUAGCUAUGACCUUAGAGUUACUCUAAGACAAUUGUGCCUAUCUGUGAUUAAAAUCAUAGUAUACUCAGAUGUACUGUCAGAUUAAGUAACUUGACUUCCCUAAAAUCUCAUCACAGAGUGAUUGGUGCAUAGUAAAUAUACAAGAAAAUCCAUAAAUACUCAAAAAGUUUAUUGGUAUUAAUGCUGCCCACCAUCUCAAUGAAAAAUAAUCAUCUGUGUUAGUUCAGAUGUUUUUCAUUUUCUCUUCCAUUAAGAAAGAUUGGUUGCAGUAGAAAGGAAGAGAGGAAGAAGCUCAUAGCUUCAGAAAACUUGAAUGUUUCCACUCCAAGUUUCAAAUUAUAGGUCCUUAUUUCACUAUCUCAUCAGAAGUGAAGAUGUUGACUGCUAACCUCCUAAAUAUUCUAAUAAUUUGUAAGAUAUUAAUUAUUAGAUCAGAGUUGUGAGUGGUACCAGGGAGUAAAGGAUACAGAUCUUUCUUCAAGGAACUUAUAAUUUAGUUAAGCAAAAGAUGUAAGAUAUUGGCCUUUGAAGAAGCAAUAUAGUGUAGUGGUUUAAGAAUCUGGGUUCAAGUCCUGUUUCUUUCACUUCCUGACCAUGUGACUGUAGCCACUCUGUGCCUCUGUUUUCUCAUAAUUAAGUAGUAAUAAAGCAAAGUAAAAUAAGUAAAA